CGGCGAGCGGCGGACGUGCUCGCUCCGCGCUCCCUCCGCGCCCGGCGAGGUCAGAGCGGUGUGCGGUUUGUAAAGACAGUAGACGAGCGAGUUGCGCGGUCCCUGAGGACGGGAGACGGCUCCACGAUGGAGCUCCUCUGUAGACUGGCUCUGCUGCUGACGGCGGUCGGCGUCUCAUCACAAGACAAGCUCCCGGCCGGCGGGUGUGUGGACGGAGGCCGCACGGUGUCAGAGGGCAGUCUGGUGCCCCAGCCCGACCCCUGCCACGUCUGCCACUGCCACCACGGCCGAAUCGAGUGCUUCUGGAAGAGCUGCGCGCCGCCGCCGCGGCUCUGCGAGGUGAUGCAUCUGGAGGACCGCUGCAAUCCGUCCCUCUACGUCUGCCCCAUUCCUGCGAGUAUCGCCGACGCGCCGAUCCACAGCGCGUCUAGUCUGCUGACUGAGACGAGACAGCCGGCGCCGGAGACACCGCCGCCGGCUCCGGAGACGCCGCCGCCGCAGGUCGCCGCGCCCGCCCGGGGCCGGGGCAGGUCCGGGUCGCGCUUCACCACGUCCCGGCUGAGGUCGUCGCGUCUGAGGUCACCAAACAGCGCGUCAGUGCCGGCCGCCACCAAACCCGCCCGCACUCCAAGCCGGCGCCGCCGCCCCACUCCUCCACCUUCCCAGCCGCGGCAGACGGUGACCCGGACUCAGGUCAGGGCGCCUCAGAGCGUGCCCCGGACUCAGGUCACUCCACCACGGACUGUCACAAGGUCACGGGUCAGGUCACGGCGGCCGACCCGGCGCAGGGAGCAGCCGCGCCCGAGUAUGAAGAUCCGACUAGGUCCUCCGGUGCUGCCGCUGUUUCAGCCCGCCGACAACUUCAUACCGCCGCCCGCCGACCUCGCCGACGCAGCCGACUCGGCCGUCGCUGCCAGCGUGCUGUCGGGCUCCACCUACUUCAACGAGGAGCUGUCCGUGCCACAGAACUUCACCAUGCCCCAGGGCAGGGGCGAGGCGGCACCCCGCUCCCCGCAGGAGCUCCUGUCAGCCGCGGAGGCGAGGAAACCGUUCCGUUUCGGCCCCUCUCGGCCGCGGGAGUCCAGUGAGCUGAAGACGGAGGUGGCCGAAGCCCAGGUGGUGACGGAGAGUCCGGAGGUCACCACCACAGUGGUCCCCACGACCACUACGGAAGCCCCGACCACUCCCGCGCCGAGACCGUCGGGCGUGGGACGCGGAUUCCGUCGCUCCGGCCGUCGCCGGAACUCGAGGCGUCUGCUGCCGUCGAGUUCGACUCAGACCCAGCCCCUUACCCCCUCCCGGCGGGUUGUAUCUCCACCAAGAGGACUACCGCCCCGCCGGUCACGGCUCGCUUCCCGGAGACGACAGGCGGCAGAUUCACGAACGGUGGCGACCACGGAGCUCGGGGUCAUCUCGGUCACUCAGCAGUGCCGGUGA